AUGCAUCACCCCACCCUCUCGACCGCAGCUGUCGCCUUGUUGGCUGCACUGCCCUCUGCAAAUGCAGGCCUCUACCCAAAGAGCUCUGCCGUGCUCUCUGUCGACGCAAAGAACUACGACAGCCUGAUCGCCAAGUCCAACCACACCUCCAUCGUCGAGUUCUACGCCCCCUGGUGCGGCCACUGCAAGAACCUCCAGCCCGCCUACGAGAAGGCCGCCAAGAACCUCGCCGGCCUGGCCAAGGUCGCCGCCGUCGACUGCGACGAUGACGCCAACAAGCCCUUUUGCGGCACCAUGGGCGUGCAGGGCUUCCCCACCCUGAAGAUCGUGCGCCCGGGCGCCAAGAAGGGCAAGCCCGUCGUCGAGGACUACCAGGGCCCCCGCACCGCCAAGGGCAUCGUCGACGCCGUCGUCGACAAGAUCAACAACCACGUCCAGCGCGUCUCCGACAAGGACAUCGACUCCUUCCUGUCCGCCAGGAACGAGUCCGCCAAGGCCAUCCUGUUCACCGAGAAGGGCACCACCAGCGCCCUCCUGAAGAGCCUGGCCAUCGACUUCCUCGAUGUCGUCGCCGUGGGGCAGGUCCGCAACACACAGAAGAAGGCGGUCGAGAUGUUUGGCGUUGACAAGUUCCCAACCCUGGUCCUCCUCCCGGGCGGCGACCAGGACGGCAUCGUGUACGACGGCGAGCUCAAGAAGGAGGCCAUGGUCAAGUUCCUGUCCCAGGCCGGGUCCCCCAACCCGGACCCCGCCCCUAAGAAGAGCAAGGCCAAGUCCAAGUCCUCGACCCCAAAGAAGCCAGCAACGAGCGCAGACAAGGAGCCCGAGACGGAGCCCUCGGCUGAGGGAGAAGACAAGGUCACGGAGCCGGUGGGCGACGACAACAUCCAGAAGCCGGUCAUUUUCGAAGGGCCCCUCCCGAUCCCCAUCAUCAACUCGGCCGAGAAGCUGGCCGCGAACUGCCUCGGGCCCAAGUCGACCACCUGCGUCCUGGCCUUUGUGCCCAAGGAGAACCGCGGCGAGCCGGUCGACAAGGCGCUGUCGUCGCUCGCGGCGCUCGCCCACAAGUACGCCCAGGGCAAGCACAAGCUGUUCCCCAUGUACGAGGUGCACACCGACGACGCGCACUCCAAGGACGUCCUCAAGGCGCUCGAGCUGUCGGGCGACGUCCAGGUCCUGGCCGUCAACGCGCGCCGCGGCUGGUGGAGGCUGUACGAGGGCGGGGACUUUGGCCACGAGAGCAUCGAGGGCUGGAUCGACCAGAUCCGCCUGAGCGAGGGCGUCAAGCGGAAGCUGCCCGAGGGCGUCAUCCUCGCGGCCGCGGAGGGGACGGCGGGGGCCUCCUCGGAGGAGGCUACCCCGGAGCCCUCGCCUGAGCCCACGCCCGAGGCCACUGAUGGUGAGGCGGCGGCCGAGAGCAGCGCCACCACCGAGCCAGAGGUGACCCCCGAGGCGGAGAAGAUCUCCGAGGCCAGCACUGACGAGGAGACGUCGUGGAAGGGUGCAGACCCCACCAUCCAGGAGGAGACUGCGGAGGAGAAGCCGACCGAGUCGGUGCAUGACGAGCUCUGA